AUGGAAUUCACCGGCAGAAGCUUCCACAGAAACCUGAGUUCCUCCUUGCAAGGUCCUGCACUCAGCAUGAGAGGUUCCAUGUAUGGGAAGGGAGGCAUGCAGCACUUUGGGGCGGCACCCAGCGUCUAUGGGGGGGCUGGAGGCCAGGGCAUCCGCAUCUCGACCUCCAGACCCAUGGUGGGCUAUGGGAGUGAUCUCACCAGAGGAGACGUGUUUGCUGGCAAUGAUAAGAUGACCAUGCAGAACCUAAACGACCGCCUAGCAAGCUACCUGGAGAAAGUACACUCCCUGGAGCAGUCCAACUCCAAACUCGAACUGCUGAUCAAGCAGUGGUAUGAAACAAACACACCCGGCAUCAGGGACGACAGUGCAUAUUACCAACAAAUAAAAGAGCUGCAAAACCAGAUUAAAAGUGUACAACUGCAAAAUUUUCACUGUGUCCUGAAAAUUGAUAAUGCCAAACUAGCUGCUGAGGACCUCAGGCUGAAGUAUGAGGCUGAGAGGGAGAUGCGCCUGACAGUGGAGAGUGAUAUCCAAGGCCUGAAUAAGGUCUCGGCUGAUCUAUCCCUAAGUAGAACAGACUUGGAGAUUCAAGUUAAAGAACUGACUAAAGACCUGGAUCUCCUCAAAAAAGAACAUCAGGAGGAAGUAGACAGCCUACGCAGACAUUUGGGCAAUACUGUAUGUGUAGAAGUGGAUGCUGCUCCAGGCCUGGAGCUUGGCACCAUCAUGAAUGAAUUGAGGCAGAAGUACGAAACAAUAGUCCAGGAGAACCUUCAGAAGGCCAAGGAACAGUUUGAGACACAGACUCAACUUCUGCGGCAACAAGUCACAGGGAGCACUCAAGAGAUAAAAGACAAUGAGGCUCAAGUAAAGGAGCUGAGACACACCUACCGGAACCUAGAGAUCGAACUCCAGUCCCACCUCAGUAUGAAAGAAUCUUUGGAGCGUACAUUAGAGGAGACCAGAGCUCGUUAUGGUAGCCAAUUGGCCACCAUCCAGGCACUGCUGAACUCCAUAGAAGUCCAAAUGACACAGAUUUGGAGUGAUACAGAACGCCAGAACAAGGAGUACAAUAUCCUCCUUGACAUAAAGACCCGGCUUGAGCAGGAAAUUGCUACUUACCGCCGCCUUCUGGAAGGAGAAGAUGUCACACAGACAAACACAACUAUAGAGCAUCUGCCGAGCACCCUGGAGGAGAAAGAUGUGAAGAGAAAAAGGAAGAUUAAGACGAUUGUGGAAGAAGUGGUGGACGGCAAGGUUGUGUCGUGUGAAACCAAAGAGAUGGAAGAAGAUGUGUAA